AUGAUUACUUUGUUUAUAGCUGGUGGUGCAAAUGCUAUGGUUUAUCGAAUUUUAUAUAAUAAUAUUGAAUAUGCAAUAAAAAUUUCAAAUAAAAUGCCAAAAAAAGAAUAUGAUAUAUUUCAAAACAUGAAAGUUUAUAUGAAUAUAUCUGAUUUAAAUUAUAAAACUAUUGAAAUCGAUAUUAAAGAAGGUUUUGUUUUAUCAAAACCAGUUGGAAUAAUGAUAAAGAAUGAUGAUAUAUGUAAAACAAAAUAUAUUAUUCAAAUAUUAAAACAAUUAGCCAUUGGUCAAAAAGCUGGAUAUGUACAUCGAGAUAUACGAAUAAAUAAUAUAAUAUUAGAUAGAAAUGAUUAUGCAUAUUUAAUUGAUUGGGAUUCAUCAACAUUUAAUGGUUUCAAAGGUGAAUAUGAAGGUGCAUUUAUAACUGCAUCAACACCUGUAUUAAAACAAUAUUCACUAUCAAAUGGUAAAGUCUCAGCUUACUGUGCUGAUGAUUGGGUAUCAAUAAUUUAUAUGAUAUUAUUAUCUCGUUGUUCAAAAGACAAAGUAAAAACUUAA